UUUCAUAUUUUCAUACAUAUAAAAAAUUUAAGUGAUGAGUGUUCUGCCAAGGGGAGAUCACCGGAGAGCGCUAGAGGCGUCGGAGCAAGGAGAAUUAUUCCUAGCUGGUUGGGCGGGAUAUGGCAGAGGUUGAGAAGCAGAGAAGUUUAGAGGGGUUGGGAUUAGCCCUUCCACAAAAGAUACAUACUGCCUCGAGUGACACCCAACUCAAGGAAAUCUUACAGAACAUUAAAACCACCAAAACGCCGGCUGUGAUAAACUAUGGGGCUUCAUGGUGUAGAGUUUGUGGUCAAAUCCUUCCUACUUUCUGCCAUCUAAGCAGUAAAUUCAAGAAGCUAUCUUUCAUCUACGCUGACAUUGAUGAAUGCCCAGAAACCACUCAGAACAUACGCUACACACCAACCUUUCAUUUCUACAGAAAUGGAGAGAGGGUUGAUGAGAUGUUUGGAACCGGCGAAGAAAGGCUGCAUGACCGCCUGUGGUUACAUUCAUGAUGACUGAAACCAUAUUUUGUAACCAUGAACCAAAUAAUUAAGUAUAUUUUGUCUUGUACAUUUUAUUGCAGCUUGUAUUAGGAGAUUAAAAUCUUGAAUUGCAACAGAUUUUCGUGACUAUAAUAACUAAGUUUGAUUUGUACAGUUGGUAGAGGGAUGAUAUUCUUGCUCAGAAGUGUUGGCUGUAAUAUUGUAUCAUAUGAUGCCAUAAAUUUUCAUGAUGGAUCCAUUUUAAUGGUAUUCAGCAUUGGGCUGG